AGGAAGAAGCAUCACAGGGAGAGCAGGAGGCAGAAGGAGGAGCAGCAGAGGCAAGAGCAAAAAGUGCAGCAAAGAGAAGAGGAGCAGCAGAGGGAGGAACAAGAGGAGGAGCAAAAGGAGAAACAGGAGGAGCAGCAGAAGGAGGAGGUGACUAGAGUGGAGGAGGUGGAGAAGGAGAAGGAGGAGCAGAGGAGACAGAAAGAGAGACUGCAGGAUGAAAAGGAGGAGGUUGUUGGACAAAUGGAGGAGAUGAAGAAGGAGAGGGUGCAGGAGGUGGAGCUCCUGAUGGUGAGGCUGAGUGUGGCACAGGAACAGUGUGAGGAGAUGAAGGAGGAGGUGCAGAAGAAGGAGUGCAGCCUGGAGCAUCAGAUGAGCGCUGUGAGGGAGAGGGAGCAGGAGGUGGAGGAGCUGAAGGAGCAUCUAAAGCUGGUGGAGGAGCAGGAAGUUGAAGGAGUAUGGGAGGUCCAGGAGGUGACGGCGAAACUGAAGCAGACGGAGGAGAGGGAGGAGCAGCUGGAGGAGCUGCUGAGAGAAACCUGUGCUCUCCUGGAGAAAGAGAGGAGUGAGGGAGGAGACAAAGACGAGAACAUCUCCCUACUGACCAGGGAGCUGCAGGAGGCGCAGGCCGAGAGUGAGGAGGUGAGGAGGAGAGUUCAGCAGAAUGAGGAGGACAACAACAGGCUGAAGGAGGAGGUGAAGGAGUGGCAGGAAAAUGUGGAGCUCGGCACAAGAGAAGGGACCAAGCUCAGUCGCCUCCUGAAGGAGCGGGAGGAGGAGGUGCAACAGCUGAAAGACUUGUUAGAGAGAGAGGAGGAGAAGAGGCAGGAGGCGGAGGAGCUGAGGAGAAUGGAGGAGGACAGAAGGAAGAUGCUCGACGUCAAAGUGAUGGAGGUGAAGGAGCAAAAUGGAAGGCUGGAGGAGAAAGUGAGGGAGGUGCAGGAGGAGCUGGAGGAAGAGAGGGAGGUGCUGAAGUGGAAGGAGGAGGAGAAGAGGAGGCUGGAGGAAAAACUGAAAGCUUUUGAAGAGGAGAGAAAAGGAGAGGAGGAGGAGCUUAGAAGGAUGAGGGAGGAGAAGAGUAGGCUGGAGAGUGAGCUGAGACAGAAGGUCAAAGAAAUGGUGGCACAGAAGGAGGUGCUGAGGAGCAAAGAGGAGGAGGAGAGGAAACUAGAAGAUGAACUGAGGAAGGCCAAGGAGGAGCGAGAAGAGUUAGUGAUUAGCCAAAGGGAGCAGCACCUCCUGGGGGAGGAGAGAGGGAGGGCCAGGGAGAGAGAGCAGGAAGAGGAGAAGGUGGGCCUCCUGGUGGAGCAGAGGAGGAGAGAGCAGCAGCUGAAAUUGCUGAGGGAGGAGCUACAAAGAGAGAGAGAUGAGCUACAGAGAGAGAGGGAUGAGGUACAGGAGGAGCAGAGGAGAGAUGAGGUAACAAAGGAAACAACAGCUAAGAUCCAGGAGAAGCUGAAGAGGACUGAGGAGGAGGUGACCAAUCUUAAGCAGGAGGUACAGAUGAAGCAAACAAGGAGGGAUGAGGUUCAGCUGGAGUUGAAAAUGGAGGUGUCUGCUCUCAGAGAGGAGGUACAGAAGGAACAAAGGGAGAAGAAGGAGGUGCAGGAACAGCUGGAGAUAAUCAAGGAGGAGGUCACAGUAAUUACAGAGGAGGUGUACAAGGAACAAAGGGAGAAGGAGCAGAUGCAGGAGGAGCUAGUGAAGAUAAAGGAGGAGGAUCUGAGAGGAGAGGAGCAGAGUGAGGAGGAGCAGCGGAGUGUUCUGCAGAGUCAGGAGAGCCACGCAGAGGAGGAGUGUCUGAGGAGUGUUCUGAAGGAGGAGGUGGAGGUCAGAAGGGAGAACCAGAGGAUUCCGAGAGAGGAGGUGCUGCGACAGAGAGGAGAAGUGGACGAGGAGAAAACAGAGGAGGCAAGAAUGGAGGCUGAGGAGCGGUGGAGGAGCAGAGUGAAGAGGAUGGAGGAGGAGCAGGAGGUGAAGUUGAGAGCUCUGCUGGGAGAAAACCAGAUGCUGAAGGAGAUGAGGAGUGAAGGAGAGAAGGAGGUGAGGAGGGAUGUGAUGGAGAGCAGGGAGGAGAUCAGAGUCACGGCGCCCAUGUUAGAGGAGCAGAAAACACAGGUGUUCUGUGUGCAGGAGGAGAACGAGGAGCUGAGGAGGCAGGUGUACACUCUCACUCAGAGGACAGAGGAACUGGAAGGCGACAGGAAUCGUGUUCGAUUGGCUCUGGAGAGAACUGAGGCCAUUAUAGUCGGCUACGAGGGGAGAACCAACCAAUGGGAGCGGAGCACAGGGGCGGAGUCUAAUCCAGACCUG